UUUACUCAUUUGCAUAGGCCCUCGGAAAACCACAACAGAAGGUCAGGAUCGACAACCAAAUGAGCUCCCUGUUCCGUAGCCUGAAUCACUUUUCAUCAAAGCGCGAAAGUGUCGUGAAGGAGGCGCUCAUCAAUACACUGAACGAAAAUGCCCGCGAGAUCGAGUUCGAGGUGAAGCAGAAGAGCUUAGAGGUUUUGGGUCUGUGCGAGCAGACCAGUGCCCUGUGCACCACCUUGGAGGCCCUGUUCCUGCAUGGGUUGAAGGACUCCUUCCUGUCCGCCACCUUCAAUGUCAUCGCUGGCGACGUGGAGCGCAGGCCCGAUCCCAGCUUCUGGUCACCAUGCAUGGUCUUCAUGCACAAGCAGGUUAUCGAGCAGGUGCAGGGUCUCAGCCAGAUCACCUCGGAGAUCGGCCAGUGCCGCGCCUGGGUGCGACAGUCGCUGAACGAGUCCGUGUUCUCCUCCUACCUGAACAACAUGCGCAAGAACGGAUCGGCGCUGUCGCAGUACUAUAAGCGGAACGCCCUGGUCCGGGACUCCGACGGCCUGGAGACGGCCGCCAAGAUCAUGGAGAGCCUGGAAGCCUACGUGCAGUUUGAUCUGCCCGUCAACUCCAGCCUGCUUAACAAUUGGCCUGACUACUCCCUGCAACUAUCUGAUCUCUGGACGCCCGCACUUAAAUCCUGUCCGAUUAGCAGCGGCGUUGACGUGGCCAGUUCAUUGAGCUCCGAUAUCAUAGCCAUACCCACGCCCCAGCCCCUGCAGACCAACGAGCUGUUCUCGGACUCCAUUUCCAAUAGCCCCUUCAGCCGAAGCGGCAACUUCGGCGUGCCGGAUCUCAGCCAGCGCGAGAACCUUGAUCUGAUGAUACAGAAGUUUGAUGAGAUGGAUGUGAUAAGCGAGGAGCAGACACCAGUUGAAGGAGCGGAAGCGGGUCAACCUGAAGAGCCCGAAGUUGCAUCGGGUAGUAAGCAGAGCACCCGCGAAAAAUCCAAGCGACAAAUGGAUGGCUCCUUUGCCGAGUUGGAUAUUGAGAAACCCAGUCUUUUACCACAGGGCAGCAACUCGCUGUCCAAUCUGAUGCAGACCUCCUGGUCUGGUGACCUGGAAACAACUCACACACCCACUUCACCCAGUGAUGAUCUGUCGGGAUCGAGGUUUUUCCAGCGAUCUGUAAGCGUCAGCAGCGCCGUCAGUCUGCGUUCCCCCAACACGGACAGGUGCAGCUAUAAUGCCCUGCUCCGAAAGCAUGAGAACAACCGGGAGGUAGGAGCAGGAUGGUCAGAGAUCUGGGAGAAGUUCCGGGCCAGUGCUUCGAACCUAAAUGUGGCCCAACCGCAGCGUGACAGCGAUCCUCCCAUUUCGGAAGACUUGAGUGAUCUGCAUUCACUGGAUACAAACUCUGAAUUCGAGCUGCUCACCUCCGAGUUUGACAUGGUGGAGCUGCAGCAAAUGGUGGCCCAGUUGUGCCAACUGGCGCGAGAGCCGGGUCUGGAUUCCCAAGGAUUUCUGUGCAAGAGCUGUCAGCAUCCGCUGGGCAUUGGUUACUCCAACUUUCAAGUUUGCGCCUUUAGUGGUGGUUACUACUGCAGCAGCUGCAUGGACGUGGAGAUGCAACUGAUACCCGCCCGCAUUAUUUAUAAUUGGGAUUUCCGGAAGUACAGCGUGAGCAAGCGGGCAGCGACUUUUCUGGCCGAAUUCCGUUCACAUCCGUUCUUGGACAUGCAGUUACUCAACCCUAGGAUCUACUUUGCCUCCGAUGCCAUGGCUGAAUUGCAAUCUUUGCGUAUCCGACUAAACUUCAUACGGGCGUAUUUGUACACUUGUGCUCCCAGCAGCAUCGAACUGCUGCAGAAUCAGUUCUCAGGCAGGGAAUAUCUCCACGAGCACAUUCAUCUUUACUCGAUAUCAGAUUUGGCCCUGAUUCAACGCGGUGUGCUGUGCCAGCAGCUGCAGAAAGCGUUUAAGUUGGGCGAAGCCCAUGUGCUGAAAUGCAGACUAUGCCAUCUCAAAGGAUUUAUCUGCGAAAUCUGUCAGAGCCCAAGGGUACUGUAUCCUUUUCACAUCAGCACCACCUUCAGAUGCCUACCAUGCGGAGCCGUUUUCCAUGCAGAGUGUCUAAAUGACAAGCAGCCUUGCCCAAAAUGUGAGCGAAUACGCAAACGCGAGGAUCAGGGUCUGCAGGAUGCAGUGCAAUGUCUCAAGCUGAAGAACGAGGUCGCUUAAAUUCAGCCAUAUUUAGUAUUUAAGUUGAACAAGUGCGAUUUGUUGUUAAAUGUAACCAAGAAAAGGCUUUACUAUACAUUUAAAUUAGGAUUAAGGCUAAAAUUGUUAUGGCUAGAGAGCAUUUACACUAACUCAAAUAUAAAGCAUAUACCACA